GGGAGUUAAAGAAGCAUUACCUAUAUAACGGCUGGCGCAACGCCUUCAAGCCUCCUUGGACCUUUCGCUGUUCAUACAUACUUUCGUUUUCAUUAGUGUGGUCAUUCGUUAAGACUUGUUAUACCAAGGGUGUCUUACCUCUCACAUCACUUCCAACUUCGGAACACCAUACUAUCAAUAUGCGCCAAUCAAUUGCUAUUAUCUCCCUCCUAGCCAGCUCAGCCUGUGCUCAAGAGGUUGUUUCCUUCUACUACCCUGGUGGACAAGAGGGUGUAACUCCUGUUGCCACCAUCCAGUCGGUCAACCCGUCUACCACCGAAUUUCGCGUCGCAUGCCCCACGGGGGUCGACUCUAGCGACUGCGGCUAUGGUCCUGGAAUCAACUAUACCGUCAUUUCCAAAACUCGCUAUCAAGCGGUCAUGUCUGCAGGCCCCGUCUCCGUGAGCUUUGGCUGCGACUACAACACUCAGGCAGUCGAAAUGACUUGCACGGUUGAUCAAAAGGGCGGAAACGACAACACCGAUGGGCCGGCAACUGCAAUUCUUUCUAGCAGCGAAAUUGCGUUCAUCUCGGCCACAGUUGUUGAGGGAGCGAGUCUGUUGAGCGGAGGUGGAAGUGUGAGUGCGACCCAGGCCCCAAAGAGCACCGGUGCUGCUGCCAGCACAAGUGGCAGUGCGACGGCUAGCGGCUCGUCGGCUGCAAAGAGCCAGGCUUCUGGUUCUGCGACCCAGACUGGUAGUGGUGCUGCCGCUUCGAGCACAGGUGCUGCUGCGAGGUUCGGUGUCGAAGGAUCGGCUCUCCUUGCGUUGGCCGGUGCUGCUGCUUUGAACGUUUGGUGAUGGCAAUGCGGAGCCUUUUGUCAACGUAGAAAAUCUAACUGUUAAGUAUUAUACAUGUCGCAUAGAGCAUUCAGGAGGGUACGUUAGUCGUUAAUAACGCAGUAAUCUUUAGUCAAGCCUGUCUCGCAAUAUGCUAGAAAUAAUGUACUUGUAAUACAUAUUCUCUCGUUCUGCAGUUUCCACAACAAAGUUAAUCAGGGUAAGUCUCAGAGGUAGGACGAUGCCAACAACCGUGUCGUGUCUCAAGUCUUUUCCCAUGUACGAUGAGUUCACUCACUGCACAAUACAUUACUGUGAUCAUCGUUAUUUA